AUGAUGCCACCAAAACCAAAUCAGCCUUUGCAGUUGUAUAUAUCGGCGGCUCCCCAAUCUUUGGGUUGUAUGCUCGCUCAAGAGGAUCAAGGAGUGGAAAGAUCGGUCUACUACCUGAGUAGAGCCUUGACCGAUACAGAAACACGUUACUCAGACAUCGAGAAAUUGUGCUUAUGCUUAUAUUUCACCUGUUGCAAGUUGAGAUAUUAUAUGCUGCCAGUCGUAGUCUAUGUCCUUGCACAGAACGACGUGAUAAAGUACAUUCUAUCCCGACCAUAUCUCUGGAAUCGAAUAGGGAAAUGGGCAGUGGCGAUGUCUGAAUUCACUCUGUUUUAUGUGCCUCAGAAAGCUGUUAAAGGACAAGUUCUUGCCGAUUUCCUUGCAGAUCACCCGGGAAUCGCAAUAAAAGAAGGGAUCGGCCGUAUGGAAUUAAAUCCUUGGAGGUUAUGGUUUGAUGGUUCUAGGACAGACACAGGAGCUGGAGCAGAAACUGUCAUCGUCUCACCCUCGAGGGCACGAUUCACAAUGUCAUUUUGGGGAGAUUCGAUGUUGGUGAUCAAACAAGUAGCUGGAGAAUAUAAGUGCGAGUCAGAGCUUCUGAUCCGAUAUUGCAACAAGGCCAAGCAGCUCAUCGGUGGGUUUUCAGACACGUGGUUGGAAUACACGGAGAGAAAUUGGAGGAAGGAAAUAAUCAAAUGGUUUGAAUCACCUGAUAUGACCAGCAGAAGGUUACAAACCUUGGCCCUCAAUUAUGUAGUUAUGGCCGAUGAGUUAUACAAAAGAGGAAGUGACGGUUUACUUUUUAGAUGCAUCAGUCCAAGAGAAGCUAUGUUUGUUCUGGCCGAGGUACAUGAAGGAAUCGCAGGAGCACAUAAAGCUGGUCCACAGAUGAGGUGGUUAAUUCACAAGUAUGCGUUCUAUUGGCUCAAAAUGGAACAAGAUUGCAUCCGGUAUUCUAGAGGGUGUGAAGCAUGCCAAAAGUGUGGUCCUGUGCAGCAUGUUCCAACAGAGACAUUGCAUUCGAUCAUUAAACCCUGGCCAUUUUGUGGAUGGGCUGUGGAUUUAAUCGGCAAAAUAUACCCAUCGUCAUCCAAAGGGCACGCAUUUGUGAUUAUCGCCACUGAUUACUACUCUAAGUGGGUUGAGGCUGCACCGCUGAAGUCACCAAGUCAGGAAUCGGUCAUCAAGUUCUUUAAAGAUUGUAUCAUUUUGAUGCACGGUUUGCUAGAUACCUUUACUACAGAUCACGGAACUACGUUUACUGGGAGCGAUAUUACAAGUUUUGCCAAAGACAUAGGUUUCAAGUUGGUGCAUUCCACUCUGUAUUAUGCACAAGCAUACAGUCAGGCCGAAGCAACAAAUAAGGCGAUAAAGGGAAUUAUCCAAAAGAUGAUAGAGGACAAUCCAAAAUAG